UUCAUAUUUACUAACCCUCCUUCAUAAAAUCUUGCCAAGGCCUAUACUUAGAAGUUGUACGUACUACUUUGUUGUUUUAAUUUAUUGACCUGAAACACAAACUUUUUCAAUCAACACAUCUAAUCUAUAAAACUCUCUUUUCAUAGUCUUUUUGAAAACGCACUUCACUCAUUCGAUUUCAUAUUUACAAACCCUCCUUGAUAAAAUCUUUGACAAGGUCAUAGCUUGGUACGUAGUUUAUUGAUUUGAAACAAAAAGACUAUCAAUCAAUUUGAUCUGACCUUCAAAACUCUCUUCUUACACUCCUUUCGAACACACACUCCACGCAUUACAAAUCCACCUUGAUAAAAUUUGACAAGGAAGGUCGAAGUACGUACUAAUUUGUAGUCUUUAUUGAUUAAUUGAACGAAAAUUAUCAAUAAAUUCCAUCUGACCUUAAAAACUCUCUUCUCAUACUCCUUCCGAGCACACACAUCACUCUUCAUACUUACAAAGUACAAAACCUCGAUAAACUCUUGACAAGGUCAUAGCUCAGCAGCAUAUAUCUGUUUGUCGUAGUUUUUAUUGACCUGAAACACGAAUUUCUUAUCAGUCAACUCGAUCCGACCUUUCAAAUUCUCUUCUCUCACUCCUUGUUCGUCAUUCCUGUAGGCGUACUAGCAAUGGAGAUAUCCUUGAAGAUGAAUAACUAUAAAGCGGACAUUCUCCCAAUAUUAUUUAUUCACAAAGAAGGUGGAAAGAACAAACUCAUGAAGGGUGCUAGUCAUCAACUAAAAAUCAUGGCAAAUAUGCAAAAGGAAAAAUUAGCCAAUAAUCUCUAUGAAGUGCUUUCUCUUCGUUCUACAGAUGUAGGGUUUGAAGAGAUAAAGAAAGCUUAUAGAUGCAAGGCUCUUCAACACCAUCCUGAUAUUUGUCAUCAUUCAAAUAAAGAAGAAUCAACAAGACAAUUCAUUGAGCUGAGAAAGGCAUAUGAGACUCUUUCCGAUCCAAUUUCUCGACAAAUUUAUGAUUAUGAGCUGAGUUUGAUGAAUUCUAGUGACAAUGAAUUGAUGUGGGGAAAGUCUAAGGAAAAUAGGAAGACAAUUUUCACUAAGGAGGUAUUGGAAAGACAACUUGAUGGGUUGAGAAGGCGAUCUUGUAAUAGAAUGGAGAAAAAGAAAUGUACGUUCAGCUAGAAAUUAUUUUUAUUUGUUUCAAUUUAUGUGAUACUAUUUCUUUAUUAGUCUAUUCUAAAAACAGUGACAUGUUUAUGUAUUUGAAAGUUAAAUUCUCAUUUUACCAUCGAUGAGAAGCUUUAAUAAGCCACACAAAUAUUAUAACAUAUUUAUGUUAAAAUACUAACUUUUUUAUUCCUAGUUUUUUUGUUUUGCAAUGAACUCAAAUGUUUAAAUAACCUAUACAAAUAUUUUGAAAAAUGAGUAACUGUGAUAAAAUUUUGAACAAUGUCGCUGGUUUGCAGCUAUAAUCAGUUGCAUACAACCUGACAUGACUAUCUAUGCAUCGCAAAAGGAUUUGUGGUUGGUGACUUGAAGUUUAAUAUACACGGUUGAUUGCAAUAAGAUGGAAGCACUAAGAAACUUAUUCCCCGGAAUGAGAGUACAACAAAAUACGUCUUACUUAUAAAAAGAUUUCAUAUUCAGGCAAUUGCAUAAUUAAUGAUUGCUUUAUGAUAGAUUUGAAUUCAUAAUUUUGACUGGGAGAGGGAAACUAGAUUUAGUGACCCGAUUAUUUCUGAGAAAGCUAGUUACAGAUCUAAAAUUUCUACAUUAACUUUAAUGGACUGCGAUCCUUUCAGUUCUGAAAUUUUAUCUGUUUACUUAUAUGGUUUUCAAACCAUGUUCUUGGAUUCUUAUGAACCCAUACAUCAAACGAUUGGGGAUUAGACCGACGAAUUGAAUCUUGCUCGACUGCAUUUUCAGUCUCUGUGGUCUCGCAAAGGAUCGCUUUCAUUCUUCAUGACACCAACCGCUGUAUUG